AUGCGUUUCAACAAAGUACUUUUUGCCUUUUUGGUGCUCACAAUCACCACUUCCAUGGCUCAUCCAAAUCUUCACGGAUCAAACAAGAUGAUGAUGGUGCGCAGACAAGAUGAUACUAGCGCUGCACCGUCAACGGAUGAUACCAGUAGUGAUUAUUCAACUCCUUCUACCGGAACAACUGAUGAUGGAUCGGAUUAUGAAACUUAUGAUCAACCUGCUGAUAGUGGAAGUGGUGACGGUACUGGUGAUGGUACUGGUGAUGGAACUGGUGAUGGUACCUCAGGCAGUGGAUCUGAUUACGAUCAACCUGCUGAUGGUGGCUCCGGUGAUGGUUCCUCAGGCGGUGGCUCCGGCGAUGGUUCCGAUUAUGACACUCCACCAUCAACUGAACCGCCUCCAUCCACACCUCCACCAUCAACUGAACCUCCUCCAUCCACACCUCCUCCAUCAACUGAACCUCCUCCAUCCACACCUCCUCCGACAAGUAAACAUCCCCAUCCUAAAGCUCAUCCAAACCCAAAUCCAAACCCAAACCCAGAUCCAAACCCGAAUCCCCCAACGCCAGGUACAGGUACCGAUCCAAACCCAACGCCAGGUACAAACCCAGAUCCAACGCCAGGUACAACACCAGAUCCAACGCCAGGUACAACACCAGACCCAACGCCAGGUCCAAACCCAAGCCCAUCGCCAGAUCCAAGUCCAAAUCCAAACCCCAACCCAUCACCUCCUCCAGCACCAGUGCCACAAAAAUGCCCUGAUAUGCCAGACGAUUGCUUGUACAAUAAAGAUGGUCAAUUAAUCAAAGCAGCCGGUGAUGGUUGUCCACUCACGAUUGCGCCACCCGGAAAAGGUGACAAAGGCUGCAAUAUUUCAGGACCAAAGAAACGUUUGAUUGGACCUUUGGGAAAUUUGGGAAAUUUGUUGAACCUUCAAGCUUUGGAUUGCACUGCUCUUUGCAUCUUAUCAACGGGUUGUGACAAUUACCAAAAUUGCGAAAUCAACGGCGCUGAUGGUACUUUACUCAACGUUCAAGCUUUGAACUGUGAUACAAUCAAAAUCUUGUCUUCUUAA